GGGAAAGUUAGCCGUCUCGAUCGAGAUCGAAACAAAAGACCGAAAUGCACAAUGAAACGAUAAGGUGACUUCGCACAUUCGAGCGGACGCGGGCGAGAAAGGGCGAAAGGACACGGUGGAGCAGGUCGGCAGCGAGUGACACGUCCCGGAGGAGCGAACAUUUGGUUUCGACGCCCGUUGUUUUGGCAGCUCGUCCGCCAGAGCUACUAACACACAGCGCUUGUUUUGGUCUCCAUCGCAGCCUCUCGGUGCCCGAACACACGGCUCUUCGCCGACGUUGACAUUUCUCAUAGAUCCCUCCUCGGUGACCGCUCGAUGAGGUGCGCUCAUCGAUUCGGUCAGUUAGAGUUAAAAAAGUUGCGGAGCUUCGCUCGACUUCUUUAUCGACAUGUUACAAUGACUGGGCACCAGCCAACCAACAAAAGAGCUCCAUUUUCUGCUCUUUCUCUGUAAACUCGGGCCCUUUCCCGGGGCCCUUUCUCUUUCCUUCACCUCGUCAGGAAAGCUGACAUGGCGUAAUAUGGUGUGGGAAGUGAAGACGCAAGUGGUGCCCAACAGAGUCGACAGAACCCGCCAGGUUGAGCUGCAGGACGCCCCAGGAAUGGACGACACAUUUGACAUGCUCAAGUGCAACGAGAACCUGCCAUCCUCACCCGGAUACCCAUCCAGUGAGACUCACAUGGAGUAUGAUGAUCUUCCGGAGCUACAGGAAGUCCAGGAAGGCCUGACAUCCCCAGCCGUGUACCAGGUGGAAGCAGGUGUAUCCCACCAGGAGCUUCGUGGCGGAGCCUGGAGCCCUGGAGCUGACAGCGGCUCGGCCGAUACCACCUGGCUCACGGAACUGGCCAAUAUUGCCACUAGCCCCCAGAGUCCCUUGCUCCAGACCCCAUACAACAGAUCUUCCCCUGUCCACAUCUUUGCCACUAGCAACAGUUUACAUUCCUAUGCACGUCCGCCCCAGGCGUCCAGCAGUGCCCCCAGUAGUGGCCCAAGCCCCUCGUGUGGCUACGGACGGGAGCGCCGGCGAGUCCGGGCAAGCAGUGAGUCAGAGUCGGGUAUUUUCUGCAUGUCCUCCCUGUCUGAUGAUGAUGACUUGGGCUGGUCCCACUCCUGGCCCCCAACUGCCUGGCACUGCUUUCUGAAAGGAACGCGUCUGCGCUUUCACAAGGGCCCCAACGUGGAAUGGCAGGAUGCUGAGGACCUGGCUGACUCGGAUGAGGAGUCCGGCGAUGAGGCAGAGCUGGCUUGCCGUUCCCUGAAGAACUGUGGUUCUGGAGGCCUGAAGCUUGUGGCCCAUGAGGAAACUGUGUCUUUUGGCCAGUCGGUGCUCAAAUUGACCUUUGACCCUGGCUCUCCGGAAGAUGGCCUUUUAACUGCCGAGUGCAGUUUGGAUCAUCCCUUUUAUGUGAAAAAUAAAGGGUGGUCUUCUUUCUAUCCGAGCCUGACUGUGGUGCAGCAUGGGAUACCCUGCUACGAGAUACAGGUGGGAGACCUCUGUCUACCUCCAGGACACCCUGAUGCCAUUAACUGUGACGAUUCUGUCGUCUUUGACACCUUCAGGAGCUACGACUUCACCCCCCUGGACUCGUCGGCAGUGUAUGUGCUGAGCAGCAUGGCCCGUCAGCGGCGCGCCUCUCUGUCCAGUGGCGGCGCGGUCAGCCCGGACUGUGAGAAACAGGGCCGGGACCUGGAGACCUCGGGUACCUCCCACAAUUCCCAUGGCAAGACGGGCAAAAGCCACAGCUCAGGGACAACCAACAGCGCCACGCCUACCAAGUGCAAGCGGCCAAUGAAUGCCUUCAUGCUGUUUGCCAAGAAAUACAGGGUGGAAUACACCCAGAUGUACCCAGGGAAGGACAACAGAGCCAUCAGUGUGAUCCUGGGCGAUAAGUGGAAGAAGAUGAAGAAUGAGGAGAGGAGGCUGUACACCCUGGAGGCCAAAGCCCUGGCUGAGGAGCAGAAGCGCCUUAAUCCUGAUUGCUGGAAGCGCAAAAGAACUAACUCGGGAUCGCAGCAGAACUGAUGGCUGAAAAUGUGAACUGGACAGAGCCGCAGUUGGACAGGACAGGACCGCCUGGCCCUUGUGUCUCCUGUAAGGGUGACGAGAUUUUACUGUGACAGCGAAGAUGUUAGCUUAACAGAGACAUUGUGUGGGUAAACCAGCAAAGAGGAGGAAUUAAAGUGCAGACAUUUAUGAAAAUAGCAUAUAAUCCAGUAAAUAACUGCUUGAAAUAUUUUCUUAUAUUUUUACCGAAAUGCCUUAUUCUUCCAAAGUAAGAAAUCGUUGAGUUUUUUUUUCAGGUAAUUUCAUAUUCUAGGCUUGAAACACGAGACCCUGUGGUGCUAAAGUAAGGAGAAACGGAGCUGUAUACAAAUGUCUAUUUUUAAAUGUAAAAAGGGGAAUUUUUAAAUGCUUUAUUUCAGCUGUUCAUAUAAUUAUAUUUGUAUUACUCAAAAUAUUAUUGCAGAAUAUGGUAAUCCAUUUAACGCUGUAUUUGCAAAAGAGCUUGGGGGUUAUAAUGUAGCAAAAUCGGUCUAGCCGAGGCUUCUGCCAUAUACUCGAGUGUGCGACAAAAGAGGCCAUACGCGGAUAUAUAGAGACACACGAACUCACACACAUACACACAGUACUCGGGUUCUAUUACACAGCCCUAUACAUUUUUUUGCACUUUAUACACAAACGUGGAUACACGUACAUACAUUCGUAUGAUAAGAGCAUACCAGCAGAGACUUUGUUUGGAAAUACUUUUUCAGAAGACUUCAGAUGCAAUCAUUCUUCAGCUGUGUAGCUACUUUAUGCUCCAGCAGUGUGUGUCGCUGCAGUUUAAUUCUGUGUCCAUAAUGUACAGGUCCUUACCCAACAGAACUCUUGCACAAAAUGAUCCUGUAUUAUAUUAUAAAUAAAAGUUUGAGCAUAUAUAAUCUA